AUGACGGGCCUGUUUGGCAACAUCUCCUCCAAUACUGCCGCAGCGACCUCCACAACAACGGGCGAUAUCUCAAAAGACGUAGCCCUGGUUGCGCCGCCAGAGGAUAGCAUUUCAGACCUAGCCUUCUCCAGUCAGAGCGACCACCUAGCCGUUGCAUCAUGGGACAAGAAAGUGCGCAUCUACGAGAUCAAUGAGCAGGGGAUGAGCGAAGGAAAGGCCAUGUUCGAACACCAGGCACCCGUUCUUAAUUGCUGCUGGUCUCCGGAUGGCUCAAAAGUGGUUGGUGUCGGAGUAGACAAAGCUGCCCGUAUGCUUGACCUUCAGGGUAACCCUACCACUCCUGUCCAGGUCGCUGCUCAUGACGCGCCCAUCCGAAGCUGCUGCAUGAUUCAAAACCCGGGAAACUCGGCUCAGCCGCUCCUCGUCACUGGCUCGUGGGAUAAAACCGUUAAAUACUGGGACCUAAGGCAGUCUACCCCAAUUGGGACUCUACAGUGCCAGGAGAGAGUCUACUCCAUGGACGUUAGCAAAACUCUACUCGUUGUUGCCACAGCCGACAGGUAUAUCAACAUCAUCGACCUCAAUCAACCAACGAAUAUCUACAAAGUCAUGCAGUCUCCACUCAAGUGGCAGACACGGGUUGUGAGCUGCUUUACCGACGGAACAGGGUUCGCUAUAGGAAGUAUCGAAGGCCGAUGCGCCAUUCAAUAUGUUGAGGAAAAAGACUCGAGCUCGAAUUUCAGCUUCAAAUGCCACCGUGAAACCCCCCAGGGCCAAUCAAACGUGAGCAACGUUUAUUCUGUCAACUCUAUUGCUUUCCAUCCUCAACACGGCACAUUCAGCACUGCUGGGAGCGACGGAACCUUCCACUUCUGGGAUAAAGACGCAAAACAUCGUCUCAAGGGUUAUCCAUCCGUCGGAGGCACAAUAUCCACUUCAACAUUCAACAGAAACGGUAAUAUUUUUGCGUAUGCCGUUAGCUAUGACUGGAGCAAAGGUUAUACUGGCAACACCCCCCAGACACUGAACAAAGUCAUGAUGCACCCAGUCACGCCGGAGGAAGUAAAACCAAGAGCAACAUCGGCAAAUGCACGAAGGAAUAGAUAA